UCAUUUUUUACGACUGGGUCGAUAACAAAAUAUGUUGGUUGUUGUUCAAUAUAAACAGAAGGUUUGAAUUCCCAUGUUGGAUAUGAGUUCUACACUAGCUGGAUGGAUAUUUAAUAUGAAGUACUAUGUGUUGUUAUUUGUAUGUUAUGCUAGUGUUAUAUCAUGCGACCAAAUGUAUGGAUGCUUGUACCGGGCAAGUUUAUGUCGACAACCGAACCACUAUUGCUACAACGAUGGACGAACCGGUUUAUGCAAGGUUGCUGGCUAUCGUUAUCAAACACAAUUUACUCCAACUCGAAACAAAGUUGGAAAUGAAGAAUUUUUUUAUUCCACACCACGACGACCUAUGAGGGAUAAUGUUGAAGCUCGUUAUCGCCGGUUGCCUGUCGCUAUAUUCCUUAUUGUCAAAGACGUACAAGGAUAUCUAGCCGAUCACAACUUAAAAUUGUCCGAUUUAAGCAAAGUGCAGUUUGAUACGUUAGCUGCUGUGUUAGCACGAUUAAUCGUAAAAAAACAUGAAUAUUAUGAAAGAAAUGAGAACUUUCUUGUUUCUUUACUUGGCCAAACAAAAGAGCUGUUAAAAGAACAUGGGUUAAAAUUUUCUCAGCUUACCGAGAGUGAAGUUGAGGCUUUAUCAGAUACAUUAGCGCGUAUUUGUAUCAAAAACAGAAACCGAUGUCAUUUUACAUCCCCAUAUAUUAACAUGAGAGCUUUAAACGCAAGUUUGGAAAUUCUUAUUUCUUCCGAAAAAGUUUCUCCAAUAUCAAACAGUCAAAUUCAGUCGGAUAAUAUUUUACUGUCAGAACAACAAACUUCAGCUGAAGAUUUGAAAAUUGGAAACUUGCCUGUUGCUGAUGAAUUAGGUGAUGUAAACCCGGUAUUGGAUAAAGUUACAAAACCUUUGUUGAUAACCAAGAAAAGUGAUCCGAUUGCAUUGAGUGCUUUAAAGCAAAAUAAUGCUCAGGUAAACAGUGCGGCUGCUAAAGAGAAAUCAGAGAAGUUUUCUCAGUCGGAUUCUGUUUACCUUCUUGUGAUAAUUAUCUUGUGUUCUGUUGCCAUACUACUUGUUGUUAUAUGUGCUCUUGUGUAUUGUCUAAAAUCAAAAGAAAAUGAUUUAAAACUUGAAAGAGAAUCAACAGAUGUUGCCCCACUGUUAGAUGAACAUUAUCAAGAAUUAUGUCGGCAACAUUAUGCAAGUAAGUCAGCUGAGCAGAGUAGUCAAGUAGAGAAGUCUCUAUCAGUGUCAUCCCACAACAUUCAAAGCCCGAUAUUAACAUCCAAGUUGAAUCAACAGCAAGCUUCACCACGAUCCAGUAUUUGCUCCUGGAGUGAAGAACCGAUAACUACUUCGCUGGAUGUUUCAACUGGUCACGCCGUGCUUUCAUACAUGGAAGAUCACCUUAGCAACAAAGGACGUUUAAACAAGGAAUGGGAAGAAUUAUGUAAAUACCAAGCAGACAAUGUAACAACUGAAGCUGCUGCGAAAAAUAUGAUGAAAAACCGCUCAACGUCAGUUCUACCUUACGACAAUAACCGAGUUAAACUUAAAUCUUCAGGAAAUGGAAUUGAAAAUGAUUUCAUUAAUGCAAGUUAUAUAGUUGACAAUGAUCCACGUUGGCCGGUGUAUAUCGCUACACAAGGUCCUUUAUCUUCAACUGUUCAUCAAUUCUGGCAGAUGGUUUGGGAACAAGGUUGUGCUGUUAUUGUAAUGCUUACACCAGUAUCAGAAGAUGGUAUUUCACAAUGUGCGCGAUAUUGGCCGGAUGAAGGUUCAUGCAAUUAUGCUAACUUUGAAAUACAUCUUGUUUCUGAGCAUAUUUGGUGUGAAGAUUAUCUUGUUAGAAGUUUGUAUCUUAAAAAUAUUUGCACUGGAGAAACAAGGACAGUAACUCAAUUUCACUUUCUCUCAUGGCCGGUAAACGAAAUCCCAUUUUCCCCAAAACCAUUGCUUGAGCUUCGCAGAAAAGUAAGUAAGUGUUACAAAGGCAGUAAUUCCCCGAUCAUUGUUCACUGCAAUGAUGGAUCAAGUCGUAGUGGAACUUACAUUCUUAUUGAUCUUGUUAUAACUCGUAUGGUGAAAGGAGCCAAGGAGAUUGACGUUGCUGCCACGCUUGAAUACUUGCGUGAUCAACGUAUGGGAAUGGUGGCUUCUAAACAACAAAUGGAAUUUGCGGUAACUGCAGUUGCUGAAGAAGUUAAUGGAAUUCUUAAAAGUUUAUUGAAUUUUGUACAACUUAGCUCCAACAUUAUUUGCAUGAAGUCGACAAGAAUCAAAAGAAACUUUGAAACUUCGUGUAACUCUUGGUUAAAACAUGAUUACCAGGAGUUAUGUCGACAACAUUAUGUGAAACAUGCCGCAGUUACAUGCAAUACUGAAGCUGUGGAUCAAAAAACUAAUGUUGAUAAAAUAAAAGAAAACUUGAGUCUUUUCAAGAAUAGGAGUCCUUUAUGUUCGAAACGAAUAAUCCAUAUUUCUCAUCAAGCAUCUUGGAUGGAAAAACCAAUAACGACAUCUCUUGACGUGACCACUAGCCACGCCGUGCUUUCAUACAUGGAAGAUCACCUUAGCAACAAAGGACGUUUAAACAAGGAAUGGGAAGAAUUAUGUAAAUACCAAGCAGACAAUGUAACAACUGAAGCUGCUGCGAAAAAUAUGAUGAAAAACCGCUCAACGUCAGUUCUACCUUACGACAAUAACCGAGUUAAACUUAAAUCUUCAGGAAAUGGAAUUGAAAAUGAUUUCAUUAAUGCAAGUUAUAUAGUUGACAAUGAUCCACGUUGGCCUGUGUAUAUCGCUACACAAGGUCCUUUAUCUUCAACUGUUCAUCAAUUCUGGCAGAUGGUUUGGGAACAAGGUUGUGCUGUUAUUGUAAUGCUUACACCAGUAUCAGAAGAUGGUAUUUCACAAUGUGCGCGAUAUUGGCCUGAUGAGGGUUCAUGCAAUUAUGCUAACUUUGAAAUACAUCUUGUUUCUGAGCAUAUUUGGUGUGAAGAUUAUCUUGUUAGAAGUUUGUAUCUUAAAAAUAUUUGCACUGGAGAAACAAGGACAGUAACUCAAUUUCACUUUCUCUCAUGGCCGGUAAACGAAAUCCCAUUUUCAUUGGCUGUAUUAGAUUUACGCACACGGGUAUAUAAGUGCUGUAAAGGCAGUAAUUCCCCGAUCAUUGUUCACUGCAAUGAUGGAUCAAGUCGUAGUGGAACUUACAUUCUUAUUGAUGUUGUUAUAACUCGUAUGGUGAAAGGAGCCAAGGAGAUUGACGUUGCUGCCACGCUUGAAUACUUGCGUGAUCAACGUAUGGGAAUGGUGGCUUCUAAACAACAAAUGGAAUUUGCUCUUACAACUGUUGCUAUUUCCGCAAAUCAAAUGUUAAAUAAACAAAAUAUGGUUUAUAGAAAUAUUUUUAGUCGGCCUAAUCCAUGAAAUGUAUGGGGUAAAACAAAUGCUAAACCUAACUAAAAAUGUUGACCUCACAAAAAACAAACUAACUAUUUACUAAUAUAUUCAUUUAUCAUGUAUUAUGGUUUCUUAUUCUUCUAUGCAAAUAGUAGCCUAUUAACCAUCCUUUUUAUUUUAAUAAAUCAUUUGUGGGAUAACAAUCAGUUAAAUGUUUCUGAUAAACAUGAGACAAAAGCCUAAAUUGUUUUUUUAAUAUAUAGACUCUCAAAUUUUAUAGUAGGGUGGGGGAAGAUAGGACACCUGUUCUUUCUAUUUUCUCGUUUAAAUUGGUUGCAAGCAAAGAACAUUCAAAGAAUUAUAAAACCGUAGUGUCACAACUUUUAUAGGUUGUUGUUAAUUGUUUAAAACACAAUCAGGAUAUUUGGAUAUUUUGUGCUAAAGAUGUCCCAUCUUCUCCCACAUUACUGUCUCUCUCUCUAUUUUUUUGUUUGAUAUUACAUUAAGUUACUUUAGUUUUUAAAUUUGACCUUUUAAAAUCAUGUACAACCUAUUGUGAGAUUUCCAACAAUUAAGUUCCAUACAUGAAGCUUAUAUCUAUUAUUAAAUAUGUGACACAUGUGUUAUCUAUUUCAUUGUGUUAAUGUAUUUUGCUGGGUCACUGUACUAACAUUAAAUAUUUUUGAGUUUUAUUCUAAUAUUAUGUUGCAUAAUCCAA